UAAUCAUAUUAAUUAGUCAUUAGAGUUGAAAAUGCUGACUACCUAUCUACUCUAUGGUUUCUGCAUCCAUCCUCAAAAAGUAUCAAACCUCCAAACAACAGGAUCUCUUCUAUCCCAAAUCAAACCACGACACUUCAACCAUUCGUCUCCUUCAUUUCCUCUUCGAUUUCUCAAUUCAAUUCUUCAUUCACUAAUUUUUCCAAUUCAAUCUCUUUCAAGUUCAACAUUUCACCAAUAACACCAUAUACCUUAACAUGUUCAGAUCAAGAGCUAGCUGAACUCAAAACAGUGACUCACUGAGUUAGAUAGCUAACCAUGGCUACCAUAACUCGUCAAGCUAAACGACCAAUUGGGUUAUGGAUAAAGAUGACAGCUGUAACAAUUUUGGGUCUUUGUUUUUUCUUUGUUUGGACUGUGUUUUCAUCUUCGUCUUCUACUUCUGUUACUUUUCAAAGGGAAAGUUUUGAAGAUAUUCAAGAACCUGUUUCUUCUUCUUCUUCUUCCAGUGUUCAUAAACAAACAACACCCAAAGAACAAAAUCAUGUGGAAGUUUCGAAAGAUCAUAAAUUUCGUGAGAGUGAUGAGAAAAAGGUUAAUGGGUCAUCUUCUUCUCAUUCUUCCACGCGCCCUGAUAAGAAAGAAGCGGCGCGUGAGAAGAAACACGUGCAUAAGAAGGUAGAUGAUGAUGGUGAUGAUAAUAAUGAAGAGAUUGUGAAUCAAGGGUCAUUGGAGAAAGAAAAAGAGGAGGAGGGUGAAGAAGAAGAAGAAGGAUUGGGAUUGGAUCACGAGAGUAAUGAAUCUGUGGAUGGAGAUUCUGAGGUGUUGGAAGAUGAGAACAUGGAAGAAUUCAAGAAAACAAAGAAAGGAAAAGUGAAAGGACCUUUGUUUGAUUCAAAUGUUAACUAUAGGUGGAAAAUGUGCAAUGCUAGAAGCAAGCAUAACUACAUUCCUUGCAUUGAUAUUGAAGUUGGUGGUGGAAAGGUGCAGAGUUACCGGCAUUCGGAGAGGACUUGUCCGAGGACACCUUUCAUGUGUAUGGUUCCUCUUCCUCUUGAAGGCUAUAAGUCUCAAGUUCCAUGGCCUGAGAGUAAAUUGAAGAUAUUGUAUAAGAAUGUUGCACAUCCGAAACUAUCUGCAUAUAUAAAAAAGCAUAAUUGGUUGGUGGAUUCGGGUGAAUAUCUUACUUUCCCUCAAAACCAGACUGAAUUUUUGGGAGGGAUUCAGCACUAUCUUGAGUUCAUUGAAGAGAUGGUACCAGACAUUGAGUGGGGUAAAAACAUUCGUGUUGUCCUCGACAUUGGAUGUACGGAUUCAAGCUUUGCAGCUGCUCUCCUUGAUAAGGACGUUUUAACAUUGUCACUUGGUUUGAAAGAUGACCUAGUCGACUUAGCUCAGGUGGCACUCGAGCGCGGCUUCCCAACCUUAGUUAGCCCUUUUGCUAGAAGGAGACUUCCUUUUCCAAGUCAAGUUUUUGAUGCUAUACACUGUUCGCGUUGCCGCAUACCUUGGCAUUCCAAUGGGGGUAAGCUUCUAUUGGAGAUGAAUCGGAUUAUAAGACCAGGUGGAUACUUCAUUAUGUCAACUAAACAUGAUAGCAUUGAAGAAGAAGAAGCGAUGAUAGCGUCUAUAUGUUGGAAUGUUCUGGCACAUAAAAGCGAUGAUGUUGGUGAAGUUGAAGUAAGAAUAUAUCAAAAGCCUGAAGGAAAUGACUUGUACGAAUUGAGAAGGAAGAAGAUCCCACCGAUUUGCAAAGAAAACGAAAAUCCCGAUGCAGCCUGGCAUGUUCCAAUCAAGAGUUGUUUGCACACCAUUCCAAUUGGAAUUGAACAACACGGGGCAGAGUGGCCGGAGGAAUGGCCAAAGAGGCUCGAAACUUAUCCCGACUGGAUCAACAAUAAAGAGAAAUUGAUUGCGGACACCAACCAUUGGAAUGCGAUUGUUAACAAGUCAUAUCUUAAUGGAAUGGGCAUUAAUUGGACAAAUAUCAGAAAUGUAUUGGACAUGAAAUCCAUCUAUGGAGGAUUGGCUGCAGCUCUAUCUAAACAUAAUGUUUGGGUGAUGAAUGUAGUCCCUGUUCAUCUACCGGACACACUUCCCAUAAUUUUCGAACGUGGAUUUUUUGGCGUCUAUCACGAUUGGUGCGAGUCAUUCGGUACUUACCCAAGAACGUAUGACCUUCUGCAUGCCGAUCAUCUGUUCUCACGCCUCAAAAACAGGUGCAAGCAGCCCGUGUCGAUUAUCGUUGAGAUGGACCGUAUCUUACGGCCGGGCGGGUUGACAAUCAUUCGCGACAAAGUUGAAAUUCUAAAUUCAUUGGAGGAAAUUCUGAGAAGUAUGCAUUGGGAGAUCAGAAUGACUUUCUAUCAGGAAAGAGAGGGAAUGAUAUGUGCACAGAAAACUACAUGGAGGCCUUGAACUUGAAUCCUCAAUCAUAUGCCAUUCUUUUAUCAUCACUUGAUUCAAUUUCCAUGAUAUUCUUUCCUUCAACUUACACUGAAACAGUUGUUGAUUUGUCAAUGUGUUAAAGAAAAAUGAAAUCUGUAAACAUUACUUCAUUGUUUUAUUUUUUGUUGUUGUAAAAAUUACUACUUCAUAGUUGCUAUUAUUAAUUGAAGAAAUACAAUUUGCAA